CGCCGGCUCGGCCAACCGGAGGGCCCGUUGCAUGGCGGGGCUUCUGCGAGGGCGGCCAUUUUGAGUCGAGCCCGGAACGGCGCCCCGAUGGCCGGGCAACCGCGAUCCUGCGGCCGGGACUGAGCGCGCCAUGGAUGUGCGGAGACUGCGCGUCAGCGAGCUGAAGGAGGAGCUCGGCCGCCGCGGCCUCGACACCCGCGGGCUCAAGGCCGAGCUGGCCGGGCGGCUGCACGCGGCGCUAGACGCCGAGCAGGCCCGCGGGGAGCCCGGACUGGACUCGGGCGGAGAGUCGCUCUCGGACGGACACUAUGGCAUCCGUGACAACACUCGCCAAGACAACCGGCAAGGAUAUCAGUCUUUCGAGCAUUUCAAUGUUAAACAGGAGAACGAAUUGGGUUACGAGCGGGGAGCUGUAAGCCAAGAUCGAUCAGAAAUGAAGACAGAAAUAAAACAGGAGGAGUCAGCUCCCAGCCACAGCAUAUCAGCCUCUGGUUACAACGCGCCCUCCUCCAUUUCUGGCUACAAUGCCUCGUCUUCCUCUUACAAUGAGCCCCCCUCUGCUUAUAACACCUCAGACUCAUAUCAGCCGUGGCAGCAGCAGCAGCCACCCCCGCAGCAAGGUCAUAAGAGGACAUUUGAUGAGUCCAGAGGGCGUGGAUAUUACGAAUAUCGCGAGAAUAAAAGGGGUCGAUCUCCUCAGCCACCCGCAGAAGAAGACGAGGACGAUUUUGACGACUCCCUGGUGGCCAUCGAUACAUAUAAUUGUGAUCUCCAUUUCAAAGUUGCCCGUGAUCGAUACAGUGGGUACCCUCUGACCAUCGAAGGAUUUGCUUUUCUCUGGUCAGGCGCACGAGCGACGUACGGCGUGCGACGUGGGAGGGUGUGCUAUGAGAUGAAGAUCAACGAAGAGAUCUCUGUCAAACACCUUCCUCCCACCGAACCGGAUCCUCACGUCGUGCGGAUUGGCUGGUCACUGGAUUCAUGUAGCACUCAGUUAGGGGAAGAGCCUUUCUCCUAUGGCUACGGAGGCACUGCAAAGAAAUCCACUAAUUGCAAGUUCGAAAAUUACGGGGAAACCUUUACUGAGAAUGACGUCAUCACUUGUCUUGUGGACUUUGAGUGUGGCGACAACGUGGAAAUGUCCUUCAUGAAGAAUGGGAAAUGGCUCGGGGUGGCCUAUCAGCUACGGAAGGAGAAUUUGGGGGGCCAGGCCCUGUUCCCUCAUGUCCUGGCGAAGAACUGCGCCAUCGAAUUCAACUUUGGCCAAAGGGAAGACACUUUCUUUCCGAUCCCUCCGGGAUUCACCUUCAUACAGCACCUCCCCCUGUCCGAGCGAGUUCGGGGCACCAUUGGACCAAAGAACAAAAGGGAUUGUGAAAUCUUGAUGAUGGUGGGGUUGCCUGCCGCCGGGAAGACGACGUGGGCCAUUAAGCAUGCCGCAGCCAAUCCAGGCACGAAGUAUAAUAUUUUGGGAACAAACGCCAUUAUGGACAAAAUGAGGGUCAUGGGACUCCGACGGCAGCGCAAUUACGCCGGCCGCUGGGACGUUCUCAUCCAGCAAGCGACACAGUGCCUGAACCGUCUAAUCCAGAUUGCAGCGCGGAAGAAGCGGAAUUACAUUCUGGAUCAGACAAAUGUUUAUGGAUCUGCUCAGAGGCGAAAAAUGCGUCCUUUUGAAGGUUUCCAACGCAAAGCCAUCGUCAUUUGUCCCACGGACGAGGAUUUAAACGACCGGACAAUAAAACGCACGGACGAGGAAGGGAAGGAUGUGCCUGAUCACGCAGUAUUAGAAAUGAAAGCCAACUUUUCCCUGCCGGAAGCCGGCGAUUUCCUUGACGCGGUGGUUUACAUCGAGAUGCAGCGGGAGGAGGCAGAGAAGCUGGUGAGGCAGUACAACGACGAGGGCAAGAAAGCAGGCCCGCCCCCAGAAAAACGGUUCGACAGCUGGGGGGGCAGCGGAGGUGGCAUUGGUUUCCGUGGCCGAGGUGGCGGCAGCGGAGGAGGAUUUCAGCGCUUUGACAAUCGAGGCCCGCCAAUGGGCAGCCGGGGCGGCUUCCAGAAUCGUGGCGGUGGUGGAGGAGGAGGCGGUGGAGGAGGAGGAGGAGGCUAUAGAGGCAGCGGUGGAGGAGGAGGUGGCGGUGGCGGAAUCGGGGUUGGUGGCAGCAGCGGAAGUGGAGGCUUCAACCGAGGCGGCUACAACCAAAACCGCUGGGGGAGCGGAAACCGAGACAACAACAACAACAACACCCGAGGCAGCUACAAUCAGAACAACCAACAGCAGAGCAGCUACAGCCCGGCACGUGACCAGAACCCUUACAAGAGCAGUAGCUUGGCUCCUGCUGCUCCAGCCCUGAGCCCGGCCACCAACCCCCCUGCGGGGUCGUACAAUCAAGGACCACAGCAAAGUUACAACCAGCCCUACAGCCCCCCUUCCAGCUACAGCCAGGGGGGCUACAGCGCUCCCAGCUACAACUAUGGAACGUACGGCAGUUACAGCCAAAGUUACACCCAGCCUCCGCCGCCUCCACCAGCGCCUACCCCGCCAGCCUACAAUCAGCCCAACUACAAUCAGUACCAACAAUACACCCAGCAAUGGAAUCAGUACUAUCAGAACCAGAGUCAGUGGCCCCCGUACUACGGCAACUACGACUACGGGAGCUACACGGGCACCUCGCAGGGAGGCUCAAGCACACAGUGAUAGCUGGGGGGGGGUGUUGUUCUCCCUCCCCCCCCCCCCGGGAAAGGGAACAGCACGUUCUUAACAAUGGCGGGCAUUUCUGAAUCUUCACAGAUCCAGAAGAAGGAAGCUGGGUGUCUCUGCCCAGCUUCCCUCUCUAGAGUUUCUUGAGGAUGGUUGCGUUUUUACUUGUACAGCUAGGCAUGUAUUCUCCUUUCUACCAUCCCUCAUGAGGACGUUACAUGGUUCCUCGUCUCUCCUUGUUGAAGACCAUUUUAGCUCCCCCACCCCCCAUUUUCUUUUAAGAUUUCUUUGAUUCCGAAAGAAGCUAAAGUCUUCAACGUCGUAUCAUUGUAUUUUUGUUUUUGUUUUUUUUUUAGGCCAGGACCCAUCCAGGUAUCUAAAUUUCCUGCAGUAGUUGGAGGCAGCACUGGAAGGGGCCUCUUUAGGGUUUACCGCCAUUCUCUCCAGGGGUGUCCAGGGGGUGGUCCGCUAAGAGAAGAGGGUGGUCAAAAUGCACAUAAAAAAACCAAGUUGGGUCAUAACUGUGGCCACCCCAUUUGUUCGCCACAUCCUGCAGACCCAUCCCCUCCGCCCCUCCAAUUGUCUCAUUUCCACCCCGCCUCACCCAAUCUGCUAGUGACCAUAAAUUUUACACCUUUUGGAAACUUCUUGCAGUUUGGUGUCACCUGUCUUUGAGGUGUUUUUAAUCUGUCUUUUUUUUUUUGGAAAGAACCAUUAAAACCGGAGGGAAGAGUAAUGGCUAUCUUACAUUUAAUUAUGAUUGGGUUGUUUUUUUUUUUAAGAAAUAUUUUUUUCUGUAACUUUUUACCGUGGGUCAGUAGCUGUUAAUAUUUUCAUCAAGAUAACAAUUUCUGUUUGUUUCAGUACAGGAGAGGAUUAAAAAAAAGGGGGGGGGGAGAAAAAUCAUCUUAAAUGUGUAACUUUUUAUACAAUGUUUCAGUUUCUGUAACUCUGAACAUGCUUUGUGUUGAGUUGAAUUGUAACAGCUUUUUGUAUUUGAAGAAAAAAGAAUGAAUAUUGAACUUUAAA